UAACUUAACUGCUGCAAGAACGACGCAUGCGCAUUUGUCGUUUCACGCACUUAGAAUUUGUUCUCACUCGGGCAACCUCAUGUAAUCUCGAACAAACGUUGUCAAUACGUAGGCAAAAUGAGUGUUGAAAAUCCUACCAGUAAUAAUGAUUGUGAAUCAGGAAAGGUAAAUGGCACUAAAAAUGAACACGUGAACGGUAUUCACAACGGGUACAGUAGCUCCGAUAAGCACAAGUCCAGCCACAAAUCUUCAAGCAAAGACAAGCACCGUGAUAAAGAUCGCGACCACAAAAGCUCCAAACAUAGCUCAAGCAGAGAUAAGGACAAGCAUUCAAGUAGUAAAAGUCACAGCAGCUCAUCUCACAAAUCAUCCAGCAAAGAUAAAGAGCGCAGCGAUAAAGAUCGUAGCGACAGAAGUAAAGAAGAAUCUAGCAGUGGUAAAGACAAGGAUCGCAGUGACAAGGACAAACAUCGCAGUGACAAAGAGAAACACAGAGACAAAGAGAGAAGUGAUCGAGACAAAGACAAACACAAGAGCAGCAAUGGGGAAAAGAAAUCUUCCAAGGAUAAAGAUAAGGAGAGGGACAAAGAGCACAAGAGUUCAUCGUCUAAGGAACACAAGUCCAAAGACAGAGACAAGGAACGUGACCGUGACAAGGAGCGGCACAAAAGUGAUAAGGACAAACAUAAAAGUGAUAAAGACAAAAAUUCAAGUUCUAAGGACAAGCACAGCUCAAGUAAAAGUAAAGAAAAAAGUAAUGAAAAAAUUAAAUCUGAACCAGAGUCUGUAGAUUAUCCCAUCAACCAAGAACCUAUGCAGGUAGAUGAACUUGAAAUAAAAACGGAAGAAGGUAAAGAAGACAGUGAUGAUGGAUAUGCAGAAGUGAACAAUACCACAGUAUCAUCUUGUGACUACUCUUUGUCACAGUUCAAGGAUGAACCCCUCUCAGAACUGGGUCCUGAAGAGGAAAGUGAAGAAGAGUCAUUGGCGGCGCGUGCUACGACGAAACGUCGCAUGAGCAGUGAAAGUGAUGGAGAUGUACCAUUACUUCAACGGAUAAAGUCUAAAAAGAAAUUGAAAAAAGAACCUACAUAUGAAGAUGAUGAGGAAGAAGAAGAGGAAGAUAUAAAGCCCAAGAAAAAGAAAAAAAAGACAGAAAAAGUGAAAGCAAAACCUGUGAAAGUUAAACAAGAAUCAGUAGAAGCAGUCAGCCCAGCCAAACGAAAGAAGAAGGAAGAAGAAGAGCAAGAAGUAUGGAAAUGGUGGGAAGAAGAAAAGAAAAGUGAUGGCACCAAGUGGUCAUUCUUAGAACAUAAAGGCCCUUUAUUCGCGCCACCGUAUGAACCCUUGCCAGAAAACGUCAAAUUCCGUUAUGACGGCAAAGAGAUUAGGCUAUCAGAGGAUGCUGAAGAAGUUGCCGGCUUUUAUGCACGGAUGUUAGACCAUGAUUAUACUACAAAAAAAGUAUUCAAUACUAACUUUUUUAAUGACUGGCGCUCGGUGAUGACAACGGAAGAAAAAAAGCUCAUCAAAGACCUUUCUAAAUGUGACUUCAAAGAAAUGCAGGCUUAUUUCCAGAGUGUGUCAGAAAAAAAUAAAAAUCGCUCAAAAGAAGAGAAAGCAGCAAUAAAAGCGAAAAAUGAAGAAAUACAAAAAGAAUAUGGUUUCUGUGUAAUUGAUGGGCACAAAGAAAAAAUUGGCAAUUUUAGAAUAGAACCCCCAGGUCUUUUUAGAGGUCGUGGUGAACAUCCUAAAAUGGGUAUGUUAAAGAAGCGUGUUAUGCCUGAAGAUGUUUUAAUCAACUGUUCGAAAGAUAGCAAAGUACCAAAACCCCCACCUGGACAUAAAUGGAAAGAAGUGAGACACGAUAACACUGUCACAUGGUUAGCAUCUUGGACUGAAAAUGUACAAGGGCAAGCCAAAUAUGUUAUGUUAAAUCCCAGCUCAAAAUUGAAAGGUGAAAAGGAUUGGCAAAAAUAUGAAACUGCUCGUAAACUUCAUAAAUGUAUUGAUAAAAUUAGAGACAAUUAUCGCUCAGACUGGAAAGCUAAAGAAAUGCGCGUGCGACAACGUGCAGUGGCCUUGUACUUCAUUGAUCGACUAGCCUUGAGAGCUGGCAAUGAAAAAGAUGAUGAUCAGGCAGACACUGUGGGUUGUUGUUCAUUGCGUGUUGAACAUAUUGAAUUACACAAGGAAAAAGAUGGCAAAGAAUUUGUUGUAGUAUUUGAUUUUCUUGGUAAAGACUCGAUUAGAUAUUAUAAUGAGGUACCAGUGGAGAAACGCGUAUUUAAGAAUCUCGAAUUAUUUAUGGAGAACAAAAAAGAUAGUGAUGAUCUCUUUGAUAGACUUAAUACACAAACUUUAAAUGAACAUUUAAAAGAUCUAAUGCCUGGGCUUACUGCAAAAGUGUUCCGUACAUAUAAUGCCUCAAUCACAUUACAACGACAAUUGGAUGAACUUACAGACGCAGAUGCUUCAAUACCUGAAAAAAUUUUAGCAUACAACAGAGCUAAUCGUGCUGUUGCAGUACUGUGUAACCAUCAGCGUGCUGUUCCUAAAGGUCAUUCAAAGUCUAUGGAGGCUCUUAAAGAAAAAAUUCAAACUAAACGUGACCAAAUCGAAGAAGCAGAGCAAGAUCUAAAAGAUUCACAAAAGGCCGCCAAACGCGGAUCUGUCAAAGAAAGAAUUGCCUGUGAUAAAAAGAAGAAGGCAUUGGAGCGCCUAAAAGAACAAUUGAAAAAACUAGAACUGCAAGAAACUGAUCGUGAUGAAAAUAAAACAAUUGCCCUAGGCACCUCUAAGCUCAAUUAUCUGGAUCCACGUAUUUCGGUGGCUUGGUGUAAAAAGCAUGGCGUACCAAUUGAGAAGAUCUACAACAAAACACAACGUGAUAAGUUCCGCUGGGCUAUUGAUAUGGCCGGGCCAGAAUAUGUCUUCUAAGGGAGAACUUAGCAUUAGUUAUAAUUACACAAAUUUUGUUGAGUUCAAUAUUCAAACGUUCCACUGUAUACUUUGUUCAUUCAAGGUAUGGUUUUUAUGAAUUUUGACUAUUCAAAAUUAAAAGAUAAAUGUAUAGUGAAUUGGUAUUCAUGGUGUCAUUUAUUAUUAUGUGGGCCUUACGCAUUUGUUUUCUCCAGAGUUGGUCUUGAUUAGUACUGAACGUAAUCAGAGCCCCUAAUCAUAAGCUCAAUAUUCAGCGGCGUCACAGAAACUUGUCGAGCAACUCCAAAAACAACAUUUGUGUAAAGCUACCAUAAUUCUAAUUCAGUAUGACUUGUCAAACCAUUAUUCAAAUAUUUCAGACCCAAACAAAUUGUUCCUCUCUUAUUAGACUCUAAAUUAGAAGUCUGAUUCUAAUUUAUUUAUGUUAAACUUAGUUUCAAUUUUUGCUUAUAAUUAGGAUAAGAUUUAGUAUUAAAUGAGCCUAGUUUAAGACUUUCUUGUAUACAUUUGCAAUUUGCUAUAUUUUCCACACACAUCUAUAUGUUCUUCCUACUUAAUUUUCUUGUUUACAAGAGGAGAAUACCUAUUUGAUAUAUAUUUACAUUUUAUUGCAUAUUACACAAAUGACUAAUGAUAUGAAAAAAAAGAAAACUUUUGUAUUUAUUUGGUUUAUUUAUAGUUAGAACAAUGUUCACUGAUAAUUCCAAAAGAAAAUCAACUAAUAAAUGCAAUGAAUAUUACUUUAAGUAAUAAGCAAUAGCUAUUGUCAUGUGUUUAGGGAUAAACAUUUGUUAAAAUCAUGCGAGUAGCAUAUUAAUUAGAUGAAAUGAUGUAAAUUAUUAUGGCGUGUAUGUGCACAAUGUGCAGUAGUAGUAAAUGUUGUAAAGUAAGAAAUAAUGUUAUUUUAUUUUUAUAAAAUUAAGAUCCAAAAUUGUGGCAAAAGAAAAGCCGUCAAUGUUACAAAAGGUACAAUGUUUAAGAUAUAUUUGUAUUAUUACACAUGUGUGUAUCUUGUAAAUAGUAAAUUUUUACCAUGUCAUAAAAUUGUGAAAUGAGAUUAUCGCAGAUUAAUAAAACAUUGACACUAGGA